GCCAUCGACAGCGUACAGACUGCGCGGAACACUCGCGAGCGGCGCGCGCGCAUAUCCCCGACACGAACGACUCUCGCGACGGUAUACAUUACAUGGCAAAACGCUAAUUAUUAUGUGAUAAAGUUUACUUUUUAUUUUAAAAUAUUUAAUCGUUACAAUUUUAAGAAUCUCGUAUAUUAAGUUUUAUAUUAGUUUUAACCGCGCGAUACAGUGCUAAGCAAAAUGACUAUAAAAAAUAAAAAGACUAAACAAACAAAAGCGUCCGAAGUGACUUCAUCUAGUAGUGCGUCGAGCAGUGUUCAGAAGAGCAGCACGUCCACUGUGCAGAAGAGCAGCAACACGCUGCAGAAGGUCAGCUCAACAGGUAAAAAAAUUCGCUACAUCGAUGUAAAGGUCGAGGAGGACGACCCGCUUAUGAUUACCGAUGUAACCGAUCACGCUUCCAUAACCGGCUCCACAAUAUCCGAGCAUUACAACAGCCAUCCGCAUUAUAUUAUAACGGAAGCGCCCUCGGUGACUGAUUUAUCUCAGACAAGAUCGCAUGAGCAUAACAUAAGUGACAUGGCUCAGUCUACCACUGGCGAGUUCGUCUCAAACUCCAUGCUGCAAGAGUCAUCAUCUGUACAUCAGCAGAGCUCAAAGAGCGAGACUAUUCAAUCUUCAUCUACUUCGGUACAACAUUCUAAUGUCAGUCAUAAUCAGACAUUUGACAGAACCGUGGACUCCUCUAUUGAAAAUCAAACCCUGAACACUGCUUUUAUCGACAGUUCAGCACACAACGCUACAGGAUCGAACACCUAUACUAGAAGACCUCAGGGCGCGAAUGCAACUAAUUCUUUGCUUCAAUCGGAACGUGAUAAUGCAACCAAUACACAAUCCACACAACAAUCGUUUAUAUCUCGUCGAGAUAUGAAAAACAAUUUCUCAAAAAUAACUGAUAAGAAAUUUGUUAACCAACGCGAGAAGGACAGUUAUCAUUCCCCUGACGGCUCGAAAAGAAGUCAGACCGUUAAAUCGGAUUCUAGAAAUUUUUACGGAGCGGAAGGUACAUUAGAUCGGACUAAUAAAACCACGGAGUUCAGUUCGACAAAUCAGACAAGUGAAAAUACAAGCAGUAGUGUUACUAAAUCGUCAUCUUCGUCGUACGUCGUUGAAAUCGUUGACGGAAAAGAACGAAUUAUUGAUAGUUCGAAAAGGGAGUGGGGCGAUGCUAAAGAGCAGUCAUCGAAAGAAGCUUAUGCGAGUGUAAGUGGGACCAAUGUUACUCCCCAAUCCGUUCACAGCCAACAAAAUUAUGACAUGAAUUCGAAAUAUGACACCGGAAAGAAUGGUAAUCCACCUAAAAGUGAAAUGACUAUUCGAGAGGACUCGAGACUCGUCAAAGAUGGAACUCAAAUCUCUUUACACCACAAUGUUAUUUCACAUAAGGACAAUCUCCAACAGAUUAAGUCGACUCAAGACCAGAUGUUGACACGUGACAAUGUGCAGAACACUCACGUGACGUCACGUCAGCAGGACAAUCUUCAACAGAUUAAAUCAAUUCAAGAUCAAAUGACUGCUCGAGACAAUAUCCAGCAUACUAACACCACCUCACGGCAUCAGGACAACUUCCAACAGAUUAAAUCAACUCAAGAUCAGUUGUCAACCCGUGACAACGUGCACCACACCACCAUGACAUCUGACGUUUCUAACACUACGCAAAGCAACACAAAUAUCGUCGAAAGCAGUUCCACCACUAAUGAAACUACCAGCUUACAAAGACGCAACCAAAACACCAGGACUGACUCUUCAAACUUCUAUGGCUAUGAUACAACAAUCCAAAAUGAACUCAGGAAGGUAGGAGAUAUCUUAGAUGUACGAGAUACUGAUAGCAUUAACUUUUCAACGAAAAUUCUAAAAAGUAACACCAGUAGCGCUCAGCAGGCAUCGACAUCAUCUUAUGUGGUAGAAGUAGUCGAUGGGAAGCAAAGAGUUGUCGAUAGCUCCCACAGGGAAUGGGGUGACAGUAAGGAACUUGCGACCCAUGAAAAAAGCCAUCACGUCAGUGGCCCUGGGAUAAAGCCUGAACAUGAAUAUACUAGACAUGUGUUAGAUAAAGAAUCUUAUUAUGAUACCGGCAAAGAUGGUGUACCGAAAAGUGCCACCCAUGUUGCAGAAGAAUCUGCUUUGUAUAGAGAUGGCAAAGAAAUUGCUUCUACCAGAAAUGUAUAUUCAGGAGAUUUUACAAAAAGACCUGCUAUUACGGAACCGCCUUCGGGUGGAGUUGAUGAUCAAGGUAGAAUUAUAAAAGACUCGACUGACAAGACUGUGUAUUCUGAUACUCAAGAAGUUACCUCAACCGACAGAAGAACUGAUAAUCGUGACGUUAAAGAUGUAACUAAAACGACUGAGUUUAUUACAAAAGAACAGCAAAACCUUACUAAGGAAAGCACUUCAAAAACCACUUCAGAGACUAAAGACACUCUAACCACCUAUGAGAGAAGCACGGGAACUUGGAAUGGUAAAUUUGUGUACGAAACAGAUGAAGACAGACCUAAACGCCCUAAAGAUAUGUCACCGUUUGGUAAGCCGGAGCAACCACGUCACCACCUGAAGCGUCAGGACACACACGAUAAUAUCAUAUUGACAUCAAAAGAUAUUAAAGACUUCACAUCUAUAAGUGAUCUGCGGAAAAUAAUCGAGACAUCAUCUUCAAACAAAGAUAUUACAGUGAGCAACAAAAAUAUAGUUAUUAGAAGAAAUAUUGAUGAUAGAGUACUGAAAGACAUUAUCGAAACUGUAAAGAAGUACCCAUUCAAGAGAAUCGACAAAGUGUCCUUUGGCACAAAAAUAAACGAGGACGUUAAAGAUCUUUAUGAAGGUGUAGACACGGAGCAAAUAAAUGUUGUAAAGACAACCAACGCUGAUUUAAUUAAAAAGUCAUACGAAAUUGAUAAAACUAGAAGUCAGGUUGAAGUUACACGUUACAUAACUGAAAAUGGUAUUACAAGGAAAGUAACGACCUACGAAGACGCUAAAGAAGACGAGAAAGUGAAAACUGAUGUUUUUGUAGACAAUAGCGAGUUAGACAUCAAAAACUUGAAGGAUGUCCGCACAGUUCGAGAUGUACGGGAGUACGACGUCGUAGAUCAUGCGAUCACCGACACCACGAGACAGGACAUCGUCACCACCGUUUACGACGAGACCAUCAUUGAUGACAGGAAAACGGUGCGCGACGACAGGACUGUUGUCGAGGAGACCGUCUACAUUGACGAGACCAGGCCCAGACACGCCGGCCCUAAGAAACCAGAGAAACCUGUUGUUAAGGAGCAGUGUAUCUGCGAAAUCUGUACUUGUGGGCGCCACCGUUGCCCACACAACGAUGUCCCGGAGCCAUUGUUCGAUGUGGAGCACACGACGAGCGUGGUUUCCGCAUACAAACAAGAUUACGACGAGAAACAUGUCAGUCGUACUACUGCCGUUCAUCACGAAGACCAUCUCCGUCUUGAAGGAGACUUUCAAGAACCGGAGCGGCCUCGCUGGCAGCCUGUUGAACGACCGAAAGCUACAAAGCCGGAGGAUAACCUUAGACCAGAAGGAGAAUUUGAGAGACGUCGUCCUGAAGAAUGGAAACCAGGCGAGAGGGCACCUGUUAGACGCCCCGAAGACAAUUUAAAACCUGAAGGGGAUUUCGAAAGACGGGAGCCCAAAGAAUGGCAACCUGGUGAUCGCACUCCAAUUCGUCGACCUGAAGAUAACUUGAAACCUGAAGGAGAAUUUGAUACUCCUUCAAAAGAGCCAUGGAGACCGGCUGAAAGGCAAAAACCGAGAAAACCAGAGGAUAAUUUACGGCCUGAAGGCGACUUUGAAAAACGCCAACCGGAAGAUUGGCGUCCCGGUGAAAGAGCUCCUGUACGGCGUCCCGAAGAUAACUUAAAACCUGAGGGUGACUUUGAAAGCAGAAGGCCGCAGGAAUGGGCACCUGGUGAUAGAGCUCCUGUGCGCCGUCCAGAAGACAACCUUAGACCUGAAGGUGACUUUGAGAAAAGGAGACCAGAAGAAUGGCGUCCAGGAGAUAGGGCUCCUAUACGUCGGCCCAAUGAUAAUCUCAGGCCCGAAGGCGAGUUUAACACGCCUGAAAAAGAGUCUUGGCGACCAGCUGAGCGUCCUACACCUAAGAAACCUGUUGAUAAUUUAAGACCUGAAGGUGAAUUUGAAAAACGUCAACCAGAUGAUUGGCGCCCAGGUGAUCGUGCACCAGUACGUCGUCCAGAAGACAAUCUUUAUCCUGAAGGGGACUUUGAAAAACGAAGACCUGAAGAAUGGCGCCCUGGUGAUAGGGCCCCCGUUCGUCGACCGGAUGAUAACUUGAGGCCGGAAGGUGAAUUUAUGACUCCAGAAAAGCAACCUUGGAGGCCGGCAGAAAGACAAAAACCUACAAAACCAGAAGAUAAUUUAAAACCAGAGGGAGAUUUUGAGAAAAGGAAACCCGAGGAAUGGCAACCGGGAGAUAGGGCACCAGUACGUCGCCCGCAUGAUAAUCUUAAACCCGAGGGAGAUUUUGAAACACCUGAAAAAGAACCAUGGCGGCCAGCAGAAAGGCAAAAACCGAGAAAACCAGAAGAUAACUUGAAACCAGAAGGAGAGUUUGAAAAAAGGAAACCCGACGAAUGGUACCCAGGCGACAGAGAACCGAUGAGGCGUCCGAAAGACAACCUUAGACCUGAAGGAGAGUUCGAGAAGAGGAAACCUGAGGAAUGGCAACCGGGAGAUAGGGCACCGGUGCGACGUCCGCAUGAUAAUCUUAAACCCGAGGGAGAUUUUGAAACACCUGAGAAAGAACCUUGGAGGCCAGCGGAAAGGCAGAAGCCAAAAAAACCAGAGGAUAACCUAAGGCCAGAGGGAGAUUUCGAAAAACGUAAACCUGAAGAGUGGCGUCCUGGUGAAAGAGAACCGGUUCGACGACCUGAAGACAAUUUAAAGCCAGAGGGCGAGUUUACAACACCGAAGAAAGAUGAAUGGAAACCCGCCGAAAGACCGGUACAAAAGAAACCUACAGAUAAUCUUAAGCCUGAGGGAGACUUCGCAAAACGCCAACCAGAAGAAUUUGUACCAGCCGAAAAAUCUAUUGUUAAAAAACCGAAAGAUAAUUUACGCCCCGAAGGCGAAUUUACUACUUGGAGAACCAUAGAAGAAGAUUAUAAAGUAGUUACUGGAGAAAGGGCAGAAAUUAUAAGACGUACGGACAACAUUAUAGUGGAAGGUGAAUUUACAGAUACCACCACAUCGAGAACAGAGUACACUGUGAAACCUGUUGAUAGACCAAAACCGGUACGACGAAACACUUGGACGAAAAUAGAAGGAGACAUGAUAACCGACACUACUUCAAAAUCUGAAUUUAUUGAUUACACUGAUACUGUCGAAAGAACUACCUUAGUUACUCGAAAAACCGACAAUUUAAUAAGAGAAGGUGAAAUAGAAUUUAUAACUUCUAAUCAAAGUGAUUAUACGGAAAAAAAUACCAUUGUUGAACGUCCUCAUCGUCGUCGAACAUGGACAAAGGAAGAUUUUGAGAAGUUUUACUCCACAGAAAAUGUAGAAACAGUUACGACAUCACAGGAAGAGUAUAAAACACAUGAAACAAUUGAUGUUAGGCAAAAGAAAAUUAAACCCAGUGAUAACUUAAAACCAGAGGGUGAUUUUGAAACACCACAAAUAGACGAAUGGCGACCUGCCGAAAGACAAAAACCCAAAAAGCCGCAAGAUAAUCUGAAGCCAGAAGGUGAAUUUACGACUCCUAAAAAAGAUGAGUGGAAACCCGCUGAACGUCCAACCCAAAAGAAACCCCAAGACAACUUAAAACCUGAAGGUGAAUUUGAAAAACCUAAGCAUGACGAGUGGCGUCCGGCGGAUAGACCAACUGCUAAAAAGCCAGUAGACAACUUACGGCCUGAAGGUGAAUUCACAACUCCUGAAAAAGAUCAAUGGCGACCCGCUGAGCGUCCGACACAAAAAAGACCUAAGGAUAAUUUGAAACCCGAAGGUGAUUUCGAACAACCUAAGCAUGAUGAGUGGCGUCCAGCUGAUAGACAAACACCGAAAAAGCCACAAGACAAUUUGAGACCGGAAGGCGAAUUCACAACACCUGAAAAGGAUCAAUGGAGACCUGCUGAACGCCCGACGCAAAAAAGACCUAAGGAUAAUUUGAAACCCGAAGGUGAUUUCGAACAACCUAAACAUGAUGAGUGGCGUCCGGCGGAUAGACCAACUGCUAAAAAACCAGAGGACAACUUAAAGCCUGAAGGUGAAUUCACAACUCCUGAAAAGGAUCAAUGGCGACCUGCUGAGCGUCCGACGCAGAAGAAACCAAAGGAUAAUUUGAAACCCGAAGGUGAUUUCGAACAACCUAAACAUGAUGAGUGGCGACCAGCUGAUAGACAAACACCGAAAAAGCCACAAGACAAUUUGAGACCGGAAGGUGAAUUUACAACACCUGAAAAGGAUCAAUGGAGACCUGCUGAACGCCCGACGCAAAAGAGGCCUAAGGAUAAUUUGAAACCGGAAGGUGAAUUUGAGCAACCCAAACAUGAUGAGUGGCGCCCAGCUGAUAGACCAACUGCUAAAAAACCAGAAGAUAACUUACGGCCUGAAGGCGAAUUCACAACUCCUGAAAAGGAUCAAUGGCGUCCUGCUGAGCGUCCAACGCAAAAAAGACCUAAGGAUAAUUUAAAACCCGAAGGUGAUUUCGAACAACCUAAACAUGAUGAGUGGCGUCCGGCGGAUAGACCAACUGCUAAAAAACCAGAGGACAACUUAAAGCCUGAAGGUGAAUUCACAACUCCUGAAAAGGAUCAAUGGCGACCUGCUGAGCGUCCGACGCAGAAGAGACCUAAGGAUAAUUUGAAACCCGAAGGAGAAUUUGAUCAGCCCAAACAAGAUGAAUGGCGUCCAGCUGAUAGACAAACACCGAAAAAGCCACAAGACAAUUUGAGACCCGAAGGUGAAUUUACGACACCUGAAAAGGAUCAAUGGAGACCUGCUGAACGCCCUACGCAAAAGAAGCCUAAGGAUAAUUUGAAACCGGAAGGUGAAUUUGAGCAACCCAAACAUGAUGAGUGGCGCCCAGCCGAUAGACCAACUGCUAAAAAACCAGAAGAUAACUUACGGCCUGAAGGCGAAUUCACAACUCCUGAAAAGGAUCAAUGGCGUCCUGCUGAGCGUCCGACGCAAAAGAGACCUAAGGAUAAUUUGAAACCCGAAGGUGAUUUCGAACAACCUAAACAUGAUGAGUGGCGUCCGGCGGAUAGACCAACUGCUAAAAAAGAUAAUUUGAAACCCGAAGGAGAAUUUGAACAGCCCAAACAAGAUGAAUGGCGUCCAGCUGAUAGACAAACACCGAAAAAGCCUCAAGACAACUUAAGACCCGAAGGCGAAUUCACAACACCCGAAAAAGACCAGUGGAGACCGGCUGAGCGCCCAACGCAAAAGAGACCUAAAGAUAAUUUGAAACCCGAAGGUGAGUUUGAACAACCUAAACAAGAUGAAUGGCGUCCUGCAGAUAGACAAAAGCCUACAAAACCGCAUGACAACUUACGACCAGAAGGGGAGUUUACUACCCCUGACAAGGAUCGCUGGCAACCCGCAGAGCGUCCAAUUCAAAAGAAGCCAAAAGAUAACCUUAAGCCGGAAGGGGACUUUGAACAGCCUAAACAUGAGGAAUGGCGCCCAGCUGAAAGACAAACACCUAAAAAACCCCAAGAUAAUCUUAAACCGGAAGGUGACUUCGAAAAACCAAAACAAGACGAAUGGCGACCAGCAGAACGACCUACACAAAAGAAACCCAAAGACAAUCUUAAGCCGGAAGGUGACUUUGAACAACCAAAGCAAGAUCAAUGGCGUCCGGCUGAGCGUCCCACUCAAAAGAAACCUAAAGAUAAUCUUCGACCUGAAGGGGACUUUGAACAACCUAAGCAAGAUAAAUGGAAACCUGCUGAAAGACAAACUGCCAAGAAACCAAAGGACAACUUAAAACCAGAAGGUGAUUUUACUACGCCUGAGAAAGAUCACUGGCAACCUGCUGAACGACCAGUUCAAAAGAAGCCCAAAGAUAACUUGAAACCAGAAGGGCAAUUCGAACAACCUAAAGUCGAUGAAUGGAAGCCAGCCGAACGACAAACUCCAAGGAAACCUAAAGAUAAUCUGAAACCAGAAGGCGAUAUGGAGAUAAUUCGGAGGACUGAUUAUUCGGUAACACGCGGUGAUCGAGUCGAAGUCGUAAAACAUGAGGAUCAUUUGAAAAUGGAGGGCAAAAUUGAUAUCCAUCGAUCACGGGACGAUUAUAAACGUAUAGAAAAGACUGAGAAAGUUGUGAUACAAAAACACGAAGAUAAUUUAAGAACUGAAGGAGAGUUUAUUGAUCUUUACACUCGUGACGACUACCGUGCUACUAAAGGCGACAGAGCACCUGUGGUUAAGCCACAAGAUAAUCUGAAACCGGACGGUAAAUUUUAUACGCCUGAAGCGAUUCCAUCACAACCUGCAGAAAAGCGUAAACCAUUCAAGCACUUUGACAACAUUACUAUUGAUAGGGAUGUCAGGCAGAAUGUUGAACGAGUAGAUAUAAUAAGAAGAGAAGAUAAUUUGAAAAUUGAAGGAGAAUUUAUCGAUAUGAAACAAAGAAAUGAUUAUAAGGUGGUUACAGGAGAAAAAACUGCAAUUGUUAAACAUGAAGACAAUCUCAAAAUGGAAGGGAAAAUGGAAAACAUCAGAUCUUCCGAUACGUACAGACUAGUAAAAGGUCAAAGAGUAAAAUUAACGCGUAGGGAAGAUAAUCUUAAAAUCGAGGGAGUUUUCGAAGACUACGCGAGACGAGAUGAAAAAGACACAAAGAAAACAGAUAAGAAGGCUAUUGUAUAUUAUUCUGAUAAGCCUAAAGACCAAUAUGAUAAUAUUGGUAAGCCACAUGAUAGUACUUACACGCGCAUUAAACACACUGAAUAUACAGAAGAAGAUUCGAGAAAUGAUAAUGUGUAUAAUACUACACGAAUCAUAGAAGAUAACGUUCAUUCUAAGCAGCUUGGAACUGACGAGAAAAAACCCGAUGGAAGAUAUCCAAAAGAAGGACACGUAAGGCCAGGCUCGCCUGAUAGUACAAAAGAUGAUCAUCAUCCAAAAACUGGAGUCCACGAUAGAGAUUCGCCUUCUCAGCAUCGUCGUCAAGAUAAACUUCAUCCUGAGGGUAAAUACCCAGGUAAACCCAAAUCCUACUGGCAACCAGGGGAAAGACAAGAACAGGUCCGACCUAAAGAUAAUCUUCAUCCCGAAGGCCAAUUUCACCAACAACCUAAAACACAAUGGCAGCCUGGAGACCGACCAGAACAAGUUCGACCUAAAGAUAAUCUUCAUCCCGAAGGCCAAUUUCAUCAACAACCUAAAACACAAUGGCAGCCCGGUGACCGACCAGAACAAGUUCGACCUAAAGAUAAUCUUCAUCCCGAAGGCCAAUUUCAUCAACAACCUAAAACACAAUGGCAGCCAGGUGACCGACCAGAACAAGUUCGACCUAAAGAUAAUCUUCAUCCCGAAGGCCAAUUUCAUCAACAACCUAAAACACAAUGGCAGCCUGGAGACCGACCAGAACAAGUUCGACCUAAAGAUAAUCUUCAUCCCGAAGGCCAAUUUCACCAGCAGCCCAAAUCUCAAUGGCAGCCUGGAGAAACUCCUUCCCAAGUGCGCCCGAAAGAUAAUUUAAAAUCAGAAGGUGAUUUUGAUCGUCCAUCAAGACCUAAAUGGGAGCCGGUAGACAGAUCCACACCAAUAAAACCAAAGGAUAAUUUAAAAACGAUAACAGAUGUUGAUAAAUAUCCGAGAACACCGGAAAGGACAGAUAUUCAACAGAAAAGUCCAACUCAAUAUAAUCAAAAAGACACUGCAUAUUAUGAUGUUUCAAAAUCAUCACAACAAGUUGUAGAUUCAAAGUCAGUCACAAGAACUGAUAAUGCGACGUAUAAUGAAAGUAUAAGGAAGAGUGAAAUAGAAAAGCAAGUGAAACAGUCUGUUUCGCAAAAUGUCCAAAAUGUAACUCAUACUGAACAUUCUACUACAAAACACACUCAUACAGGAAACACUAAGCACACCACAAUCACUAGUCAAGAUGUUACUGAUCGUGCUGACUCGCAAAAUAAUUUAAAUCGGAUAACUUCUCAUAAAACGGUACAAAAUUCAAAGAACGAAUCUGUUGCGCGUAAUAAUUUAGAACGAAUUGAAAACAAUAAAAUAGAUGUACGAAACGUUAAAAACGUUUCUUCUACUACAAAGGUAAUUAAACAAAUCAAAGAAAAGAAAUUAAUAGCAGGCAAGUGGGUUACUGUUACACGAAAUGUUGAAACGAACGUAUCAUCCGGACCUGAUACUGAUAACAAUAACACAAAGAGAAUUAAGGAUGAUCGCACCUCGUCUCCGAUUAAAUCUUUACCCAGUGACACUAAUCAAAGCAUUAUUACAUCGGACCGCGUGGACAGUUCGGCGCAUUCGCAUCAACGACAUAGUUAUGAUGCUACAGACGAUCAAACAAGGCGUGUGGUUUCCAGCAAGACCCACAUUACGAAAGGAAGUCAAGAAGAACGCUAUACGAAACACUCUACUGAGCAUUCGGCUUCCGACAGUCACAUAACUCAUCGUCAACAGAGAGGUGAUAGUGCACAAAGAAUUAUUUCUUCACAGGAACAUUCUUCUAACCAAAGUCGCGCUUCGUCGGAAAGCCGCAAUCAUGAGAAUUUAAAUACGACACAUGUUAUACAUGGAAGCCGAAUUAAUCAAAGCCAGUCGCAUUCGAACCAGCACCAACAUCUGACCACUGGCAGCACCGUGUACCGACAAAGCGAUGGAGAUAACGGUCAACACGCACAACAAACUUUGACAUCUGGCCACGUUGCUACUAAUCAACAUCAUGUGAAUUCUCAACACCAUGUCAAUCAGCAGUCUACUCAACAAAGAGUCGUCGGAUCUACAACUAGCGUCAUAACUUCAAGUCAAGUGAAUCAAGCGAGGUCAUCACAACAAGUAAGUACGUCGAGCAGAAAUCAUUUAAGUGAUAACGUAACAAAAACAAGUAUUGAAUUCCAACGGGCCAUGCACGGCGGCGGCGACGUUACACCGGCGCCGAUAGACAACACAACACGUAGCGGAUACCACAAGAGAACGUCCGACUUAGUUUCGGAUUCAACAAGUUCCAACGCAGUCUUGCAUCGCAAAGGUGUGUCAUCCACUAACGAAGCCCAACACUCCAUCAGCUCGACCGCAGCUUCCCAGCGUAAGAGUAUCGGAAACCUCAAUGAACGCGGAGAAUACAUCAGUAACUCAACUCACAGUAGUGACAGAAAAAGCAUCAGUUCGAUGCAUCCUUAG